GGUGACAGAGUCCGGGCGGUUCUCCAAUACAUCGAGUAUAGGGGAUCUCGCGCGUUCGGAAUCAAAUUAUCGCGACAUUUAUCUCGCGAUAAAACAUCUGCUUCGUCUCGACAGAUUAAUCGAAUUAUUCGAAUUUAUCGGGACGCGACGACGAUCAGUGUGAAUGUAACGCUAUAUCGCCCAUGCUGUCGCGCGCGCGCGCUACCUCUCGCGAUCCCACUCGCCUCCCAUCGCGUCCGUUACAGCCAGCUGUUCAUCCGGAGUCGCGCGCGCGACGCAUCCUCCUUCGUUCGCAGAUAGAAAUAAGUGAAACGUAAGUGUGACGGACGUCAUUCAAACGACGUAAUAAUCUCGCGAAUCCGAGACAAGUAACGACGGUCGAUAACGAACGCGAGUCAAUUUCGAAUUUACACGCGUACGGCGAAUUAUUAGCGUAUCGAUCGGAUCGGUUGGCACGUCCCACAUGUGCUCGUUCUUUCGCAAAAGUCGCUAAUGGCGUAAUGAUGGACAUUUCAUUCAUGUGAGCGAGAAAAGUGCGUGUUUAUUCUAUAUAUAUAUACACGAGUCUAUUUAAAUCUACAUUUGUUUAUCGCCGUACAUUAUAUAUACCGAAUUAUGGAAGACGUGAUGGCUGUAAAUGGAGUGAAGGAGGUGAACGGUGCUGCAGACAGGAUCUACUACGAAUUGGACGGCGAAGGCGACGCCGAUAGCUCGACAACUCCAAGUCACAACGUGGAUCAUCGUGAUCGUAGCGAAAGCCCAGUUUUCGGCAUCGAAGGUGGCGGAACUGGCACUGGGGGUGGCAGUAGCUUGAGACUUGCAUCUGAGCUACCGAAUGAAAUUUCAGCGCCCUACGAAGUACCGCAAUUCCCAAUCGAGCAGAUCGAGAAGAAGCUUCUAAUUCAACGACAACUGACCGUCAAGAGCGAUCAAUCCAACACGUGGCACCGAUCACGUAACAUGUUCGCAGACGCGAACGAAUCAAAACGAUGGACGAGAGAUAAUAGGAUUCUCCUAAGAGCUGCGAAGGAUCUUGAGGAACGUCGCAGUCAUUACGAACCAUCGCUCCAUCCAGGAGUUCCCGAUGACAACGAUUAUAGUUUCAAAAUCGAAGAAAAUGACUUUGUGCCUCACUUCCAACGAGUUUCCAUAUCCGGCGAGGACACUUCCGGAGUACCUCUGGAAGACCUUCAAAGGGCGUCAAAAAUGCUGGUACAGGCAUUAGCGAUACGCGAGAAAUACAUGAACAACUCCAAGCAGACCUUCCCCUCCAUUACGUCUAGAUUCUUACGUAGUGUCGACAAAAGACCAGUCACCAUGGAUGAUGAAGUCCACCAUGAUGAUCGAAUGGCCAUUAAAGAUCAUCCAGUACACGCGCCCGCGUCUCGGGGCGAUCCAUGGGAUUGCGAGUUUCCACCAGCGAAGAAUUACAAGAUUUUUCCGGUCAACGGCGUGUUCAAUAUGUUUGCUAACGACGAGGACCUGGCCAAUGGCAAGCCACUUCCGUAUUCGUAUCCGGAUUUGGCGACCUUCGUCCAAGAAAUGAAUCUUCUGUGUGCCAUGAUAGCUGAUGGACCCCUAAAAUCCUUCUGCUACCGAAGACUUAGUUAUCUUUCUUCCAAGUAUCAGUUACACGUACUGUUGAACGAGCUCAGAGAGCUAGCGAGUCAGAAGGCGGUGCCACAUAGAGACUUCUACAAUAUUAGAAAGGUUGAUACUCACAUACAUGCAGCCUCAUGCAUGAAUCAAAAGCACCUGCUUAGAUUUAUCAAGAAAACAUUGAAGAACCAUGCAGAUGAAGUGGUCACUUGUUCCAAAAAUGGGGAGACCAUGACACUUCGUGAAGUUUUUCAGUCUAUGAACCUGACGACCUACGACCUAAGCGUCGACAUGUUGGAUGUACACGCAGACAGAAAUACAUUUCACAGAUUCGACAAGUUUAACGCAAAGUACAAUCCAAUCGGCGAGAGCCGUCUGCGUGAAGUUUUCUUGAAAACGGACAAUUAUCUGAACGGUACGUACUUUGCGAGAAUAAUCAAAGAAGUCGCAAGCGAUCUUGAAGAGUCCAAGUAUCAGAAUGCAGAACUGCGCCUUUCGAUCUACGGUAAGAGUCCAGAGGAAUGGGACAAGCUAGCCAAAUGGGCGAUUCAAAGUGAUGUCUACUCGGACAACGUGCGCUGGCUUAUACAGAUUCCUAGAUUAUACGAUAUCUUCAAGUUAAACAAGCUUAUGACGAACUUUCAAGAGAUCAUCAACAACAUUUUUCUGCCGCUCUUCGAAGUGACCAACGAUCCCCAUUCUCAUCCGGAGCUACAUAAAUUUUUACAAUAUGUAAUAGGUUUUGAUUCUGUAGACGAUGAAAGUAAGCCGGAAAAUCCUCUUUUUGACAAAGAUGUUUGUCAACCUGUGGAAUGGGAUGACGUAGAAAAUCCUCCAUAUGGAUAUUAUCAAUAUUACACUUACGCGAAUAUGACAGUCCUCAAUCAUUUUAGAGCAGAGCAAGGCUUGAAUACGUUCGUUCUGAGACCUCAUUGUGGUGAAGCCGGGCCCGUUCAGCAUUUAGUGUGCGGCUAUAUGAUGGCGGAAAAUAUUUCACACGGUCUGCUGCUUAGAAAAGUUCCCGUUCUCCAAUAUUUGUAUUACCUAGCGCAAAUCGGCAUUGCGAUGUCACCCCUCAGUAACAAUUCACUUUUCCUAAACUAUCAUCGUAAUCCGCUUCCAGAAUAUCUUGCUAGAGGACUAUGUGUAAGCUUAUCCACAGACGAUCCUCUUCAGUUUCAUUUUACCAAGGAACCUCUGAUGGAAGAAUAUAGUAUUGCUGCACAAGUGUGGAAACUUAGUUCGUGCGACAUGUGCGAGCUGGCACGCAAUUCUGUUCUCAUGAGCGGUUUCCCACAUAAAAGUAAACAGUACUGGUUGGGUCCUAACUAUACGAAAGAAGGAGUUGCUGGUAAUGAUAUCACGCGAACCAAUGUACCGGAUAUACGGGUAGCUUAUCGAUAUGAGACGUUGGUCGAUGAAUUAUCUAAUAUCUUCAAAGUUGUAGAAAAACCCGAAUCCCUUCCAUUUUAAUAAGAUUAUUUGAGGUAUGUCAGAAUGAAUCGAUUAAUUAUCGCACGAUGGCAUUCAAUUUAUAGAAUGCAAAUUAUAAGAAUUAUUCGAACGAUUUAUCCUCGCAAUUCUUAAUCUUGUACAUCGAUCAGAGAAUAAUCUUGCAAGUUUUUCCAACGAAUUAUUUUUUUAAGGGUAUAUAACUUUUCUUUUGAUGUGUAUCAUAUUAUUUCCAUGAAAUGAAUAAUAUCAUUCGAAUUUGUACUUUAUAAACAAAGUAUAAUCUCAAAUAAUUUUAAAUGUAUCUUUUAUUGUGGUCAUACAAAUCUCUCAUAUGAAAGCAUGCUUAAGAUUGUGAUGUAUGCCACAUAAUGUAAAGGAAUAUAAAAUUAGUGAUUAUUUAGCAGGUAACUGUGAUCUAGCUAAUUGUUACAAUUCAGUGAUAAAUUGUAAAUUUAGUAAAGUUUUGAAACUAAAAUUUACAUUGAUAAUGAGAUAAAUAGUGCGUGAAUCACUGUUGUACGUCUUAUAAUUUUUUUUUUUUUUAUAGAAACUUUAAUCGUAAGGAUAAAAAUUAAUCAGAAAUUAUAUAUACAUUGACCAAUUUAAUAAUAGUUGUUAGAUGAUAUUUCUUCUAUUGUUUUUGCAACAUUAAUAACAUUAUCAUAUGUAUUGUAAUAAGUUAGAGUUGAGUAUAUUAUAUGUUCGUUUAUCUUGCAAUUAGUAUUUUAAGCAUCCCGCAAUGGACUAAAUCCAUUUUUCUUAUCUUAGCUGUAUUCGAUAAUAGCAGUACUCUUUCUUGGAUUUUAGCUUUAUUUUCUUACAUUUUUGUACAUUUAUAUCGUAAAACCGUAUAACAUUGUUUCGACGAGUAUUUAGACAGCUGACUCGUAUAUGGAUAGUUAACUCGUGCCAUUGUAUAUACUCUAUAAUAUCAUCCCCUUUUCACAAAUAGAUAGUGUAAAUAAAAAUUUAGUUUAAUCAGAUGUAACAGAUAUUUUUUUUUUACUAACUAUCUAUGUAAUGUGCCAAGAAGCAAGUAUAAAAACCUCUGUCUUCUUUUA